GACCUACUUGAAUGACGUUGUUCAUCGAUUUGAGGUUUGCGUGCUCGAGAUUUUUCGAAUGGUCAGAUCUUGAUUCACGAUGUUCGCCAUAGCUGAGAACAUCGACAUUAAUUCUGCUUCGGACGGAGCGUUUAUCGGUUCAUUCCGAGUUGUCGAGACUCAAGCGAGCCCCAGCCGAGCACACUUGUGUAACGAGCAAAUCAGAGUGUCUUCCGGAAACGCGAGUCAACAUGCAAGAAUCCUUACUCAAGCACCUGAAGGAGGCCAAGAAUCGAUUUGUUUGGUUACGGGGUUCUCCCGGAAUGGGGAAGACUGCGAUCUCUAUGAGCAUCGCAUCCACUCUUGAGAAAGAGGGCACUUUGGCGGCGUCAUACUUUUGGGAUAAGAAUCGGGCGGGAACAGGCCUAGAUUCUAUUGAACAGUUCCCCUUUACCCUUGCUCAUCAACUGGCGUGUUUCAACGAGGACUUCAAAUUCUCGCUUGUCAGACACCUUCGGAAACCGGCUUUGGCCUCAGUCCAGAAUUUCCCUCUGAAAAAACAAAUGAAGACUUUGAUGAUUGAGCCGAUGCGUGACCUGAAGGAUAUAUUCCCUUCGGGCAAGGAUCGCUUUAUCAUCGUCUUGGAUGGUCUUGACGAGUGUGGGAAUCAGGAGACACUCGAGUCCUUGAUGGAGUUAGUUCUUACCCUUCAGGAACUGCCAACGGGAUUUUCUGUGCUAGUUAGUUGUCGUCCUGAGCGAGGAGUCAUUUCUGCUUGGUCCGAGGCUCAAGCCGACGGUCUGGUCAUACCAUGUGAAGACGUGGACAAGAUUCAGUGGGAGACUUUCCAUACGAUCCGUCAAAUGGUGAAGGAAGGUCUUCGGGGCUUCGUUAAGGAAUCUUCAUGGAAACCAACAGAGAGUGAACUCAAUGGUUUUGCUUUGGCUUGUCGUGGGUUACCUGUUGUGGCAUCUAUCCGGGUCCGUGAUGUUCAUGUGCAGACACGGCGCGGUCGCACCCUCCAGUCGGCAUUCCAGAACUUGCUUACUCUCACUCAUGUGCCUACCGACCUCGACCAGGAAUACUUGCGAAUCCUCCGACAAGCCUACGUGCUAGGUUCAUCUGGGAUUCCCUCAGAUGUAGCUAAGACGUAUCGCUUAGUGGUCGGCACGAUUGUUGUGGCGCGCGAGCCGAUGAAUGUAUCUUUUAUAUCACAGCUAUUCGAGGUUGACGAGAAUGAGAUCUAUGCGAUAUUGGAACCAAUCAGCUCAAUCGUAGAUCUUCGUGAGGAGACAUUGGGGGUCACCUUCUAUGACGCAUCGGCAAAAGAAUUCUUAAUGGGGGAACCAGUUGGUAAUGAGGAGGAUAAAGUAUUCUUCAUCGACGACGUGAAAGGGUAUUUUCUUGGAUUGCCGCUCCUUCGACUCUUCAAUGGCAAUUGUGAGCAGAACGUGUUUGGGGUACCGGCUGAUCUCCCCUUAGGAAAUGAAAGAAAAUGGGGAGAAUUUAUGGCGAAAAAAUACCAUUUUCAAUAUCGCUGGCGCUUUCACUAUGUCGUUAGGUACUUACUCGAACAUUUGGAUCCUUCGCAACUUUUUUCGCGAGAGUCCAACGAACUGCAAAACGAGUUCGAUUCCUUCAUUACACGAAAUUACUUGUUGACGUGGUUGCACUUGCAAAAUGAAAAACUCAUCGGGGAUAAUGCAAGUUUAUUUCCGGAAGAAUUGCUUCAAUUCAAUAAUCACAGUUCAGUCCAACUUCUGAGAGAGUUACAUUGGUUGGCUUGGAUUGCCGCGUCUGAGCCAUGGUCUCUCUAUCGAUCGGAGCUCCCUUUCACCCCACUCUCAUCGCCCCUUCACAAACAAUAUGGCCAUCUUUCUGAUCCUGUCCGGAUCCUCUCCUUCUUUGGCAAGUUCUCUGGUGGCACCAUCCCAUUAAGCGAGGAUUCGCUCAGGGCCCAAGAAGUUAUGAUGGCAAAGUUGGGGGAACCACGAGAGCAGAGUGAUGGAUUAGAUGAGGAGACCAGUGAACCAGAUGAAGAUACCAAUGGAUCAGAGGAGGCAAUCAAUCACGACGCUGAAUUCCAAGAGCCCGAUGUUCGUAAUGGUAUUGUGACGUGUGCCGCACUCUCCCUCGAUGGUCGGUAUGUUGCGCUCGGAUUCGGUAGUGGAAUCAUCGAGGUUGCCGAUAUCGACCACCAGCAAACGAUCUGCCGAUUGCAGCAUGAUUCGGCCAAUCUCCCAGUCUGGAUUGAAUUUGUCCAUGGCAGCCACCGAAUUGCUUCCGAGGACAUUAAUGGGAACGUAACGAUCCUUGGCGGUGGUAUGGCCCCUGCGAAGCCUGGCACUCUUCCUCCUGGUUCCUAUCCUCCUGGAACUGCUGUCUCAGAUAAUGGGUUAUUUAUCGCGCGAGCUCCGCGAACCCUUGACAACCCAUGGUGUGACAACAUGACGCUCAUAUCUGUUUCAGGGAUUCCAACCCUGAAACACCUCGCCCCUCCUCCCUUCUCCCUCUCCUCUUCGUCUAAUGAUGAGAAGCUAGUCAUUCCUCACCGUCGAACGCUCGGUUUUUCUCCAGGAGCACGAUACAUUUGUACUUUUGAUGGGAUUCACGCUGUAACCUGGUCAACAGAUUCAUGCCAGUGCAUUUCGGGUUAUCGGGUGACAAACUUCGAGCGUUGGAUCAUUAAUCCCACCGUCCCUCCAUCUCACCCACAUUCCAUCCCUGAUCCUAUAUUUACUCGGACCACUCUUCCCUUGCCAGAAAGCGACACAGCUUAUGCACAUUGUUCUGAGGUGGAAGCAGAGGAUGACUCUGGGGACGAGUCCUGGAUCAAGCGGCCAUUUUAUGACUUCUCGCCAAGCAGGUUAAGAUGGAAUGAGCUUCGCUAUUCGUCUGUCGCAACGAGAAUUCCACUUCUCGGUUCCCACAUAUCAGGGCGGUGCAGUGUGUGGCUCAAUGGUAGGGAAGAACUCGAGCUCCCAUGGGAUUAUCAACCGAUUGAUUCCCAGCAAGCCUGGUACGGCCAUCGAGUGCCACAUGAUUCUCUGGGGCUCUAUCGCCCUCAGUCCAGCAGGGAUGGGACUCGAUUUCUGGUUCAGGGUUGGAGACGGGCUCCAAUUGUCAUCGAUAUUAGUUAAAUUGUUUAGCAUUUACCACCGCGUCCGUCCGUGCAUACCCGUCACUCCGUUGGCAGUGCGCUGCAACACCAUUUAGAAUUGUGGGCGACGCUUGAAGUGUACAUCAUAUAUCAUAACUACGAUGUUACGGUACUGUUGGACUCGGUGAUGAAUACGUCACUCGUUAUUGGAGACAAUGGGCCUCUGGUACCCCAUGAAGUGCAGAAAGAGGAAGUGCCAAGCUACC